CUGCGGCUAUAUCUUCAAAACAAUAUAGAGGCAGCUGAAGAAAAAAGAGAAGAAGAAGAAGAAGCAAAGAAGAAAACAGACUUUCGUUGACAUAUGGCUAUGACCAAGCCUCAUUUCCAAGCUGAUAAAGACGAAAUAAUAAGCCUGCAGGACAAGGAAGGUCGCCUUUGCUACAACAUCAAACCCCGAGGGCUUACCAUUGUAUGGGGCAAUGAUGAGCGCUAUUGGAAAUUACCAAAUAAAGGGAGUGGUGAUCCCGUGGAGCUGCUUCAGGUUUCUUGGCUGGAAGUGACGGCCACAGUUAACUUAAAUCCUAAGAAGGAGUAUGAAAUUAGCUUUGAAGUAGAACUGGCACCAGAUGCAUUUGGUUGGAGAGACAUACAAGCUUUCUUGAUGGCCAAGGUAGGGAAAAAGGGAAAGUACAGAUGGACAAAAGUUAAACUAGCGCAGGAUUCAAAUGUAGGCAGAUUCACAAUUCCUGAUACAAACGGGAACGGCCAGACAUUUAGCAUUAGGAGUGAUGAUGAUGCGAAUGCCGACAACACGCUUCAUUUUGGUCUGUAUGAAGUCUGGAGUGGAAAAUGGAAGGGAGGCUUGAAAAUUUAUGGAGCAAAUGUCAAAGAAGUAACUGGAAAAUGAGCUCAGUUCACUCAGUUCACUCAGUCUUUUCUAUUACAUGCAUGCAUAUGUAUUGAAAUAAAUAUUUUCUACUUUGAGUUUUAUGUAUGUGAUGACUAAUAUUAAUAAUGAGAACGGAAAUCAUGUAGACUGAUUUGAGAAGGAUCAUUUACUG